CAUGCGUAUAAGUGGUAAUGGAGGACAGGGAUCUACAGAUAGGGGUUAGCAAGUCGUCUUUAUACCGUCUGUACUCAAGGGUCGUUUCUGUUGAUUGCGAGGUGUUAAGAACGCCGACGACAACUUCUGAAUCAACCAGGAGGAAGUGGCUCUGCCACUGAGAUUUGGGAUGGCAUCAGACGGGGUUUCCCAAAAUCAUGGUUCCAAGGGGAUCAUGACUUUUUACCCCACCAUGGAGCAAUUCAGCGACUUCAGCCGCUACGUCGCAUAUAUCGAGUCCCAGGGAGCACACAAGGCAGGCCUGGCUAAAAUUGUUCCACCAAAGGAAUGGAAGCCUAGAGGAUCGUAUGAGGAUAUAGAGGAUAUGGUGAUACCUGCACCCAUCCAGCAGGUGGUGACAGGCCAGUCGGGCCUUUUCACACAGUACAACAUUCAGAAGAAGGCCAUGACUGUCAGAGAGUUCCGCAGGAUUGCCAACAGUGAUAAGUUUUGUGGUCCACACUAUGAUGACUUUGAGGAGCUGGAAAGGAAAUACUGGAAGAAUGUGACAUUUAACCCACCAAUAUAUGGAGCAGAUGUAAACGGAUCCUUGUAUGACCCUGACAUCAAAGAGUGGAACAUUUGCCAUCUGGACACCAUUUUGGAUACCGUUGAAUGCGAUAGCGGCAUCGUUAUAGAGGGUGUUAAUACACCCUACUUGUAUUUUGGCAUGUGGAAGACCACCUUUGCAUGGCACACAGAGGACAUGGACCUCUACAGUGUUAACUACUUGCACUUUGGACAACCCAAAUCAUGGUACUGUAUUCCUCCAGAGCAUGGGAAAAGAUUGGAGCGGCUGGCCAAAGGUUUCUUUCCUGGUAGUGCCCAAAAUUGUGAGGCAUUUUUGAGGCACAAGAUGACUCUGAUCUCUCCCUCUAUCCUGAAGAAAUAUGGCAUUCCAUUUGAAAAAAUUACACAGGUGGCUGGUGAGUUCAUGAUAACAUUCCCUUACUCCUACCAUGCUGGUUUCAACCAUGGCUUCAACUGCGCGGAGUCCACCAACUUUGCCACAGAGAGAUGGAUUGAAUAUGGCAAGCAAGCAGUUCUGUGUUCAUGCCGGAAGGACAUGGUGAAGAUUUCCAUGGAUGUAUUUGUGAAGAAGUUCCAGCCUGAUCGCUAUGAACUGUGGUUGGCAGGGCGAGAUACUGUCCCCAUAGACCACUCAAGGCCCACACCAGAGGCUAAGGAAUUUCUAGGGGAUUCAUUCAAUGACAUCCCCAGCAACAAUAAGAGUUGCUCUGUGGACAGCGGUGAGGAAGACAGAGAAUGGAAGAGCGCUGCACAGAGGAUUGAGACAAAGAGACAUAGGGUGUGUCUGGAGGUGCCUGAGGAGGUUGUUCCCAAGGAUGAAGAUGAGGAAGAAGAGGAGCAGUACGGGAAGCGCCCCAGGCUAAACCUCAUACCCCCACGUACUACAUCACAAGACGGCAAGAGAAAUAAAGGUCCACCAAAGUUGGUCGUCACACCAACCAAGCUCACUUUGAUGGAUCCAUUUCACAGAGGCUUUACCCAAAGUAAUAGUGAUGGAAGCCGACUCCCACAUUAUACCAAGACGAGAGCACCAGCAAUCUCCUCUCAGUCCCAGGCCAGAAAUGGACAUCUGUCAGUUUCAGUGACACCUACAUGGACAGAAACUGCAGCACAGCCUUCCCGUAAAAUGGGUGUAGCCAGUCUUCUCUUCCACAGGAUUCUGAGUCCAAAAGACACUCUCCAGGUGCACAGCUACACUCUGGAAAAACAGCGUCAAACGCACACACAACUCCAGGUUCAUAGUUAUGCCAGAGAGCAUCAACCCCGUCAUCUCCAGCACAAAACCUUUACACAAUUUCACCCUCCGUCAUCUCAGGCACCAAGCUGUGAAAAAACAGAGCCACAGCCGGAAUCUAAAAUCUGUCUUACCAAAGUAGCACCAACUGAAAUGGAAGUACUGAUUCCUGCAAAGCCUGACCAGGAAGAGGAAAAAACCAACAUGUCAACAUCCACUGUAGUCCAGGGUGAAGUGGAGAGACCAAAAGUUCAGCCCACCAGCACGCCUGAUUCUCUCCAGGCUCAGACACAACCUGAAGAGUUGAUCAAAAUGGAGAAAGACAUUUUGAAGAACAGCAAGCGAAAGAGUAACCAGUGCCCCCUUGUGGAUAGCGGCAUUGUCAUCGUGAAAGACUCCGUUCCUGUUGAGAAACCAAAGCAGAAUGAGAUGAAGGUUAUCACUCACAAUCAUCAAUUGUUGCUCCAGCAGGUGGCAGAAGAGCAGUCAUAUUGUAAGUCAGUGGCGAAGAAGCAGCAGCAGCAGAAGAUUCUCAGUAAGCUCCCUCGCCACCACCCUCUAAUCAGAGAGGUGUACAGUGACGAUGAAAUGUAUGUAGAUAUAGAGGUGGAACAAGAGGAGAAAGAGGAGUGGGCAAAGCCAUUAGCACAGCUGUGGCAGAGUCGGCCAUUUAACCCUGAAGCAGAGCGGGAAUACAACAAGAGAAUGGGCCAGCAGGCUCCCUUCUGCUCCAUCUGCCUAAUCUUCCAUACAUACCAUCAAUCUGAGUCCAGCAGUGGACGUUCCAGCAUAACGAUAGUGAACCGUCCAAAAGGGAGUCAGUGGUCCAAACCACUUAUUCCAGAAAUGUGUUUCAACACCCAAACCAGCAAGAUGAACCAGGAGGGACAGCUGUCAAACCCUAAUAUUGCAGAGGAUGGGACCAGCCGCCUUGUCUGCUGUGCUCAGUGCUGCGUCCGUGUGCACACCAGUUGCUAUGGUGUGUCGGGUGAUGAAGAGGAAUUAGAUGACUGGCUGUGUGCACGCUGUGAGGCUAAUGCCAUUACUGAGGACUGCUGCCUGUGCUCUCUGAGAGGUGGAGCUCUGCAGAGAGCCAACAAUGACAAGUGGGUUCAUGUGCUGUGUGCCAUUACUGUGCUGGAAGCUUGCUUUGUCAACAUCACUGAGCGGAGCCCCAUCGACCUCUCUGCCAUUCCACUGCCACGGUUCAGACUGAAGUGUGUGUACUGCAGGAAGCGGAUGAAGAGGGAAGUGACGGGCUGCUGUGUCCAGUGUUCCCACGGGCGCUGCUCCACGGCAUUUCACCCCACCUGUGCUCAGGCAGCUGGCAUCCACAUGCACCCAGAUGACUGGCCGUUUGUAGUCUUCAUCACAUGCCACAGACACAGAACGCCUGUCAUUGCUGAGCGGAACAAGUCAUCCAUGCGGGAGUUGUCAGUGGGGCAGAGGGUGAUCUGUAAAUACAAAAAUGGGCGUUACUACCACAGUGAGGUGGUGGAACUGACCACAGCCACCUUCUACGAGGUGGUCUUCGAUGACGGGUCCUACAGCGACAACCUUUUGCCUGAGGACAUCGAGAACCGUGACUGCGUCCGUCUCGGUCCACCCGCUGAAGGUGAUGCUGUUCAAGUGCGGUGGACAGAUGGGCUGAUAUAUGGAGCCAAAUUUGUAGCAUCACACUCGAUCCCUAUGGUCAUGGUGGAGUUUGAGGAUGGGUCACAGAGUACGGUCAAGCGAGACGACAUCUACACUCUGGAUGAAGAUCUGCCCAAGCGAGUCAAGUCACGAUUGUCGGUGGCGUCAGACAUGCGCUUUGAGCUCUUCACGCAGAGCAACGUCCGAGAGAACUCCAAAAGACAACGGGUCGUCAACUCUCGCUACCGAGAGGACUUCGUUGAGCCUGUCAUUUACCGAACAAUCAUGGAGUAACGUUUUUUUCUUUCACCUGCUUUCCAUCAAUCCUUCACUUCAUUUAAUCAGUGCAGAGAGCUCCUUGUCUGUUUUUGGCUACUGCUGAUAGGAACAUCCUCCUCCUCCUCCUCCUCCUCUGUCACAGCCUUUCAGGUUUCAUAUUUAUAAACUACGGCUGGGACUUCAAAUGACUUUUGUGUGCAUUGAAUAAAUAUCAUCAGUCUAGAUUGUUCUCUCCUCCCAUCGCGUUUUGUUUUGUUUUGUUUUUUUCCCUCAGGAAGAAGCCAUCAAUGAAUUAUUAAGUGAUGGAUAAUUUUUGGACUGUCCGACUGGAGCAAGAUGUGUGGGUUUUUUUUGUUGUUUUUUUUUCUAUCACCAUAUUUAGCAGCUAUCAGUUUAAUACAAUUCACAAUGGACUGUUUUUCUCACAGUGAUAGGUUUUUCAAUUGGCAACAGAAUGCUGUUGACUUACACACUCAAAAUGAUUUCACAUUGCUUAGUGAUAAGGUUUUAAAAGAUGUGUGACUUACUAAAGCAGAACUGAACACUUCAAGCCAACCGGUUGUUAAAUAUGGACGACAAUAACCACACGCCUUCCUGCUCAUUGAAACUGACAACAUGCAUCUACUGUGAAGAUAAAACGACGACUAGAUGUGUUUCAGUGGCCCAAGCCUUAUUUUUGAAAGGGUCAAGCCUACUUUAGUUUUUCUAAAGCUUAAGCUUUAUUACACGUGUUGUAAUUAAACAAUUGAAAUUG